AUGCUGAACGAUUACCUCCCCACCAUCACCCCCCUAGGACCAUCUCUACCACCGCACUGCACACCCACCACCCCCUUCCUCCAGUACAUCAGCAGCCUCCUCCACACCUGCCUCCCCACCCCACUCGCUUUCAUCUCCAACACCCUCGGCAUCCUGUCGAUCAUCGCCUGGCUCUUCGCCCAACUCCCGCAGAUCUACAAGAACUACAGCUUAUCCAGUACCUCUGGCCUGUCGAUCUUCUUUCUGGUAGAAUGGUGUCUGGGGGAUUUGAGUAACUUGCUCGGAGCGCUGUUCACGCAUCAGGCGAGCUGGCAGGUGGCGAUUGGGUGUUAUUACGUUUUUGUCGAUGUUUGUUUGGUCGGGCAGUGGGUGUGGUAUGAGCGGUUGAGGCAUGGGAGGUUGAUUAAGAGGUUGAGGAGGGUGCGGAGUGGGGAAGGACCAGAGGGAUGGGAGGGUGGUGCUGGGAUGGCUGAGGUCGUCCGGGGAGAGGAGACGAAUGCAUCUCGUGCGGAUGCUUCGAUAGCAGGAUCAACCUCUUCGAAGCAGAGAUCUCGACCGCAGGCCAUCUUCCGCGCCCCAACGUUCCAGCAGGGCGCCAGCACGGGGGAGAAAGCACCUCCAACCCUCGCCGCCACACCCGGAGGCACGACCAUCUACCGCGUCGGCUCCUCCUCGCCUUUCUCGUCCCCUUCACCACGAACGCUCCUCCUCCUCGCCUGUCUCGCAGCCCUCGCCCAGGCCUCACCAAUCCUCACCCCACCACCAGAACCCCACGUCUCGACUUCCUCGCAACAGCCCACCCCCCUCGAAAACGCCGGCACAGCCCUCUCCUGGCUCUCCACCGCCCUCUACCUCGCCUCCCGCCUCCCGCAACUCCUGCACAACGCCCGCCGCCGCUCCACGUCCGGCCUCUCCCCCACCCUCUUCCUCGCCGCCUUCUGCGGCAACUCCUUCUACUCCGCUGCUCUCGCCACCAACCCCCGCGCCUGGUCCUCUUUCGCUCCUUACGGCGCACACGGCUGGGUCGGCCCCGAAGGCUCGGAUCGCGGAGCCUGGGUCACCGCCGCUUUACCGUUCUUCCUCGGGGCGGCGGGGGUGUUGGGGAUGGAUGGGAUGGUUGGGUGUCAGUUCUUGAUGUACGGGGAGGGGGAGCGCAAGGUUGUGGUGCUGGAGGGGGAAGGGAGGGUGGGAAGGUGGAGGAGGGUGAGGGGGUGGAUGAGGGGGUGGGUGCCGGGGAGUGUUGGGGGGAGUGCUGGGGGUAAAGGGGACGAGAGGCAGGCGUUGUUGGGGAGUAGGGGGGUGGAUGAGGGAUAUGGGAGUUUAUGA